GCACGCAGCAGCCAGGCUCCGGCCCCUCAGCCCCACAUGCGCCUCACGCCCGGGCCAAGGAAAACCCUUUCCUAGUCUCAGGCACGGCCCAGCGUUAGCAGCUCCGCUCUGGGCGCGGUUGAGGCAGCGGGCUGCCCGACGGGCGGGGGCUGAAGCAAGCCGAGCGGGACCGGGAAGGCAGGGCUGAGGAGCGGGGCGCAGCCAGCCGGCUCUCAGCACCUCCGGGGCGGAGCGCAGCACGGCGGCCGCAGGUGUGCAUUGACGCUGUUGUGAGCAAUGGCUCCCUUCUUACGGAUAUCUUUCAACUCAUUUGAGUUGGGACCUGUACAGAAUCAAGAGGAACAGCUACAGCCUUUCUGCGCUAUCAAGAUGAAGGAGGCAAUGACUACAGAGAGAGGAAAAACUCUGGUUCAGAGGAAACCCACCAUGUAUCCAGAAUGGAAGUCUACUUUUGAUGCCCACAUUUAUGAAGGACGCGUGAUUCAGAUUGUUCUCAUGAAAGCAGCAGAAGAGCCAUUAUCUGAAGCGACUGUAGGUGUGUCUGUCCUGGCGGAGCGCUGCAAGAAAGGCAACGGCAAAGCAGAAUUCUGGCUUGACCUACGACCUCAGGGGAAGGUGCUGAUGGCUGUGCAGUAUUUUUUAGAAGAUGCAGAUUGCAGACAGUCAAUGAGGGAAGAAGAGGGAACAGUAACUAUCAACAGGAGAGGAGCUAUCAAGCAAGCAAAAAUCCACUACAUCAAAAAUCAUGAAUUUAUUGCUACCUUCUUUGGACAACCCACAUUUUGUUCUGUCUGCAAAGACUUUGUAUGGGGACUGAACAAACAAGGAUACAAAUGUAGGCAAUGCAAUGCUGCUAUUCAUAAGAAAUGUAUUGAUAAAAUCAUUGGGAGGUGUACAGGUACUGCAGCCAACAGUAGAGACACAAUGUUUCAAAAGGAACGUUUCAACAUCGACAUGCCUCACCGCUUCAAGGUGUACAACUACAUGAGCCCUACCUUCUGCGACCACUGCGGCAGCCUGCUCUGGGGGCUGGUCAAGCAAGGACUCAAAUGUGAAGAAUGUGCAAUGAAUGUGCAUCAUAAAUGCCAAAAGAAGGUGGCCAACCUGUGUGGAAUUAACCAGAAGUUGCUAGCUGAAGCUUUAACUCAAGUUAGCCAGAGAUCUUCACGAAGGUCUGAUUCUGGAUCUGUAGAAAAUGUUGGUAUUUACCAAGAUUUUGAUAAGAAACCUCGAGGUCCAGGAGGAGAUGCAACAGCAGAUAACAGUCAAUAUGAUAAACUUUGGGAGGGAAGCACUGCCAAGACAGCGCCACGAAUUGCAAGCAAGAGAAAAUUCAAUAUCGACAGCUUUGUCUUCCAUAAAGUAUUAGGGAAAGGAAGUUUUGGAAAGGUUCUGCUUGCUGAGCUAAAAGGAAAGAAUGAAUUCUUUGCUAUCAAAGCUCUGAAAAAAGAUGUGGUGCUAAUUGAUGAUGAUGUGGAAUGUACCAUGGUGGAAAAGCGGGUCCUAGCACUUGCAUGGGAAAAUCCAUUUCUCACGCACCUUUACUGCACGUUCCAGACGAAGGAUCAUCUGUUUUUUGUUAUGGAGUUCCUGAAUGGGGGAGACCUGAUGUUUCACAUACAAGACAAGGGGCGUUUUGAUCUCUACAGAGCAACGUUUUAUGGAGCUGAAAUUUUAUGUGGGCUACAGUUUCUUCAUAGCAAAGGCAUUAUUUAUAGAGACCUAAAACUGGACAACGUUAUGCUCGAUAAAGAAGGCCACAUCAAAAUAGCUGAUUUUGGGAUGUGCAAAGAAAAUGUAGUUGGUGAGAACAAGGCAAGCACUUUCUGCGGGACCCCAGAUUACAUUGCUCCAGAGAUUCUGCAAGGCUUGAAGUACACGUUCUCUGUGGACUGGUGGUCAUUUGGGGUCCUGCUCUACGAGAUGCUCAUUGGACAGUCCCCUUUCCAUGGGGAUGAUGAAGAUGAGUUGUUUGAGUCAAUCCGAGUGGACACACCUCACUACCCACGCUGGAUUACCAAGGAAUCAAAAGAUAUAUUAGAAAAGCUAUUUGAAAGAGAUCCAACGAGAAGACUCGGUGUCACUGGAAAUAUCCGCGAUCAUCCUUUCUUCAAAACCAUCAACUGGACGACACUAGAGAAGAGGGAGGUAGAGCCUCCUUUCAAGCCUAAAGUGAAGUCAGCAAGUGACUACAACAACUUCGACAGAGAAUUUCUGAAUGAGAAGCCGAAGCUCUCUUACAGUGACAAGAACCUGAUCGAUUCCAUGGAUCAGUCUGUGUUCAAUGGCUUCUCUUUCACCAACCCUAAAUUUGAACAGAUCUUAGGAAAAUAGUCUCUGAACAGAGUCAGACCCAAAAACAGCGCUGAAUGCUAUGAACAGAAAACUCCAGUGCUGAGUGGUAUGUUCUGAUGAUGCUGUCAGUACUUCAGAGUAAUAGCACGGUAGUGUGGUUAAUUACGUGUAACUGCUGAUGUAUUGGCAGUGUUCUUUUAUGCAUGGCCAGGUGUAAGGUAUGUGAAUCACGUGCAUUAUUUUCUCUCUGUGGGAAAAUGUAAAUUGUUUGGUUACUUGAAUGUAGUUUUGUUUUUUAUAUAUAUAUAUAUAAAUAUAUAUGCUGUAUAUUUUGCUCAAGACAUUGGAGAAUGGAAGAUGUCUUUUUAAAAAAUGUGUUUGAGCCCUUGGUUCUUUUGUCCUCCCUUAAAAGAAAGUUACAUUAAACUUUCA